AGAGAGCGAGCCAUCCACGCCGCCGCCGCCGCCAUGUCGCCGCUUGCUUGCUGUCUGGUUGCUCUCGCCGCGCUGUUCGCCGUGUCCCACGCGAAAGAAAUUGGGAUAGCCAAUCCUUUUUGCGGCGGUGUAUCACUAGGCGAGUAUGAGUCCAUGAAUACGGUUUCAUUUAAGAUGACUGUUUCUGGCGGUGCUGUCGUCAUCACUGAUAAAUGCCCGAGAAAUACCAAAUUAGUCGGUCAAAACCUCAACGUAUGCAACGUCGCCUAUUCAAUGCCUGAGCUUCAUCCAUAUGAGUUCGGUCUUUACCCGUUCGAGAAAGUGUUCAUCGAUUGUCCCAAGAGUACUUUGGGAUGUGAUAACCUCGAGCUACACGUCACACAGUAUUGCCGAGGCAUUCUGGCAGGCCAUUAAGGGUAAAAAAUAUUUUUUACCAAUAAUUCAAUCAAGGUUUUUUUUAAUUGUCAAAUUCACUAUAUUUUACACUUGCUCCACUUUUGGCAUUGUGGAGACAAAAUGAUUUAUUUAUGAUCUGGUAAUAGUUUAAAAUUUUGUUCAAUAUUUUUCGGCGUGUGGCAAUAAACAAUAAAUAUAA